AUGGAUUCUGAAAGUGGUGGAUUGAAGGAUUUUGUUAAGUCUGAUAUGAAAAGGGGAGAUAAUUUUGGGUUUAUUGAUGUAGAGAACUUUGUAGAAGAUAUUGUUGUAGGAUUAUUUGGAGACGGACUGAACAAUGAGACCACGGGGGUAGAAAUCAAAGUGGCGGACAUUCAGAACAGCCCCCCGGAAUUCCUCGACUCGCUGACCGGCGUGGUGCGCGAGGACGAUCCGAUUGGUACUUUGGUUAUGACUGUCAAAGCUAGGGACGGCGACAGGGGGAUGCCGAGGAAAAUGAUCUACGAAUUGGUCACCAAUCCAUUCGACUAUUUCCUACUGGACGACGAAUCAGGCGAAUUAAGAACAGCAAAGCCUCUAAAUAGAGAGGCAUUAAAGGAUUCGACCGGGGUGCUGACGCUGAAGGUGAGGGCACGUGAAUUAAUCGACGGUAUGCCAGGUAACGACAAUCUCACGGUGUCAACGGCCGAAGCAACAGUGACCAUCAAGGACGUCAACGACGAGCCACCCACUUUUAAUCACCGCGAUUAUAACAUCGAGAUUCCGGAGAACGUGCCAAAUGGCACGCCUCUGCCCCACUUGGACAUGACUGUCAAGGAUCCUGAUGUCGGCCUGAACUCGGUAUUCUCGCUGCGUUUGGAAGACAUCACGGAUGGUGCUUUCACCAUCGAGCCAACCAUGGCGACCGGAAGCACAUCCGUGAACAUUCGCGUCGCGAAUGGCUCGUUGGAUUACGAAAAUCCUAACCAGCGUAAAUUCAUCAUUCUGGUGGUCGCAGAAGAGGUUCACACAAAUCCGAAACUAUCCUCCACAGCGACCGUGACUGUCUCUAUCACGGACGCGAACGAUAAUUCUCCGACAUUUAGUAAUCCUACUUAUACAGCCGUGGUGCUGGAAACUGCGCCGCCAGGUACAACGGUUACAACGAUCACUGCCAAGGAUCGCGAUAGUGGGCGAUUUGGCACAGCUGGUAUAGCUUAUCAGUUGCUUGGACAGGGUGCACAGCAUUUUUCCGUCGAUCGAAAAACUGGGGUCAUUACCGUGGCUCAGUGUCCGACUCCUGGAACGUCACCCUGCUUGGAUUACGAGGAACAGACAGAAUAUUUUCUAACGUAUAAGGCCACCGACAACGACGGACAAGGACAAACGACCAGCGUUUCGUUGCGCAUCAGCCUAUCGGACGCCAAUGACAGUCCACCGCGAUUUUUGCAAGACAAAUACCGCGCCGUUAUUGACGAAGGAGCUGAAAAAUUCGAGCCCGACUUGAAAGUACAAGCCCGGGAUAAAGACAAAACGUCGAAGAUCACGUACGCGAUCGUAGGUGGCGACAAGUCAGGUCAUUUCGCUAUAGAUCAAGACACCGGUGAAAUUACGAUUAGGAACAAAGGACGAGUUGAUCUAACGAACUCCACCCACGAUUGGAUCGCGCUCGUCAUACAAGCUAGCGACGGAAUUUUUGUCGAUUCCGCCACCGUUAACAUUACGAUCCGCGAUGUGAACAACAACGCGCCUGUCUUCACGCAAGAACUUUAUACUGCGAGUAUACCAGAAAUAUCGCCAAUUGGAACGGUUGUGGAGGAAGUUACAGCGACCGACGCUGACACAGGGAUCAACGCCCAGCUCGUUUACAGAAUACAAAAGGGUGCUUUCGACGACUUCACCAUUAACGAAACAACAGGCGUCGUAACGGUGUUUAGGAAACUAGAUUACGACAACAAAAAUACGUAUCACGUGGAAGUUAUAGCGUUCGAUAAGGGAACACCUAGUUUAACCGGAACAACGACAUUAAUGAUAAACGUGGAAAAUAGCAACGACAAGGCGCCCUAUUUCACACCAGAGACCCAAAGAGCCGAGGUUACGGAAGACACGCCCAUUGGCACUGUCUUCACGACGUUAAAAGCUACAGAUCCAGACAGUGCCAACUCGGAAGCACUAAACUUCGCAAUUUCGGAGCCAAUUACAGCGAUCGAUAGAAACGGUCAACAAGUCAAUGACAGUAAAUCGUUCAAGGACUUCUUCGCUGUUGACCGCGCGACUGGUCAAGUCUCUGUCGUUAGGUCGUUGGACCGUGAUAUCGCAGCAACUGUGAGCAUAACUGUCGUUGUCAGCGACACAACGGCACCCACGUUACAGCAAGGAAGAGGUACUUUAGUAGUUACGAUUAUUGACGUGAAUCACAUGGCACCGGAAUUCUUAAAACCAUGGACAAGAGAAAAUCCACGAUAUCUAAUAGAGAUGCAAGAAGAGCAGCCAACCGGAGCUGUUGUAGGAGCAUUUACAGCGGUAGAUGCAGACAGUAAUAUAGCAGGAUAUGCAAUUAUACCACCAAGUCCCUAUUUCAAUAUAGACAACAUCACAGGAAUUGUACGAACUAGUCAAGUUAUUGAUUACGAGGAGACGAAACAGUUGGAGUUCACAGUGGUUGCGUAUGAUUCCGGAGUACCUCAGUUAUCUGCAACCGCCAAGGUCAUUGUCACUGUGAUAAACGUUAACGACCAGGAUCCUAAAUUCGAACAGGAAUCGUACAAUGCGUCGGUGAAGGAGAACUCGCCACCGGGCACCCAUGUCACCGUCGUUAAAGCGACAGAUGGAGACGAAGGCCCGUUCGGAGAAGUUAGUUAUAGUCUUAUUGGCGAUCAUGCCGCUGACUUUAAUAUCGGCCACGAAACGGGAGAAAUUACUGUCGGUGGUGCGACUGUUCUCGAUAGAGAGAUGACGCCAAAUAUUACGAUAACAGUAAUGGCCAGCGAUGGUGCUCACAUAAAUUCACGUCGAAGCACCACUGUUCCAGUGGUUGUUAAACUAAUCGACGUUAAUGACAAUCGACCAAUAUUUACGCAACAUAGUUAUAGAGCUUCGGUUGCUGAAAAUCUGCCGGUGAAUCCACCCGCACCUAUUUUACAAGUCAUAGCCGUGGAUCAUGAUGAAGGGAUCAAUGGAGAAGUUUGGUAUACCAUAAUUCAUGGGAAUGAGAACGAAUCGUUCACAUUGAACCGCGAAACGGGCAUUUUAUAUCCUGGAGCAGCACUUUUCGGAAGAGCUGGCUCGUACAGAAUUGAAGUGGAGGCAAGGGACGGUGCUGGCAGUGGUCCACAUUCGGACAACUGUUCGGUUGAUAUACGAGUAACAUCAGUAAAUCAACACAAACCCCAGUUCGUUCUACCCGAAUUAACAAACACUACCGUCGAAGUGCCUGAGAACACGGGUGUACUGAAUUACUUGAUAUUGACCGUAAAAGCAAUCGAUAGAGAUCCUGGUGAAAACGGACGCGUAAGUUAUCACUUGAAAGUUGGGAAUCGAAAUACUCAAGAAACAGAAGAAUUUUCAAUAGAUCAAGAGACUGGUGAAUUAAGAUCGAAAAUUAUCCUUGAUCGCGAAGUAAAGAGCAAAUUUGAGCUUGUUCUCGUAGCUGCUGACCACGGUACUCCUACGGCAUAUGAAACUUUGCGACUACUUACUGUACAGUUAGUUGAUACGAACGACAAUACGCCACAAUUUUACGACGAUUAUCACUUUUCUAUAUCAGAAAAUCGUCCGAAAGAUUACUUCGUAGGGAAAGUAACUGCGGAAGAUAAAGAUGAAGGCAGACACGCAAAAGUUUACUACUAUAUAGAGGCUGGAAACGAAAAUUACGCAUUUUACAUGGACAAAUCUGAUGGUAGUAUAUACGCAAAUAAAUCAUUCGAUCGUGAAACUCGGGACAAAUAUCUUUUAUCGAUACUGGCUUCCAAUAAUCCUGAUAUUUAUAUAAGCCCUGCAGAUGCAGGACGCCCACUAAUCCACAAUACAGAUCAUGGACACGUAAAUGUUACCAUAACUAUUCUAGACGAGAAUGACAAUCCACCGAUAUUCGAGCGUAACGAUUACUACGCUGGUGUUAAUUCAAUGGCAAUCGUUAAUGAUUUCGUAACAAAAGUAACAGCGUCAGAUUUAGAUGCUGGAGACAAUGGGACACUUCAUUACUAUGUUGCCAGUGCAAACCUUUAUAAAUAUGGAUCAGAGAAACCUAGUGGCUCUAUAGUCCCGAGUCCUUUUAACGUAACACAGGAUGGUAAACUCGUUACAAGUGGAUAUAUGGCCGAAUAUAAUCAGGACAGAUUCAUCGUUGAAGUUAUAGCGAAAGAAACUGCUAUCCCGGAGAGAUACGCCAUGACUAGAGUUCAUGUUUGGGUAUUCGAAGCUUCGCAAUUAAUAAGAGUCAUCUUGUCAAAAUCUCCGGAGGAAGUAAAUCGUGAACGCGAUGAAAUUGUAUCAGAAUUAUCGAACGCAACUCAAAGCAGAGUUGUUGUUGAUGAGAUACGAUACCAUGUAGAUGCAUCAGGUCAUAUUCGCAGAGAAUGGUGUGAUAUGUAUUUACACGUAGUAGAACCAAAAACCCAAACCAUUGCUCCCAUUCCACAAGUACUUAAGGUUAUUGAUGCAAAAUAUGACUUCCUGAAGGAUUAUUACGCCGGUUUUGCUAUUGAAAAUGUAGUGCCUGCUUAUGCCGGAGUGCAAGAAGAACCAUUCGAUCCUGCGUUAGCGGCUUUAAUAGCCUUGCUGGUAGUUUUAUUAGUUGGUGCGGUUACUGUAACAGUAGUUUGCUGUUGUUUACGACAUUGGGUAAUCACUGUGCCAAAUGACAUACGGAAAAAGGAUGGUUUAAUAAAAAAGCAAAUCAUUGAUGAAUUAAAUACUACAGAAAAUCCUUUGUGGAUUGAACAAAAACUUAAGUUAUACGAGGAACAAGAGUUAACGAUGCAAGUAUUUAGUGAACCAGAAGGUGGUUUAGGUACAGAAAGACGAGGAAGUGGUGUAAGUGUUGGAAUGGGUGACACAUCUCAGGAUAAUACUUAUGCUACUAUUCAGCGCCCACUGCCUACGAACAGGCACCGUCCAACAACGCCGGAUUAUACAACGCUUCCAGGAAACCACAAUCUUUAUGAAUCAGCCAUGGGUUUCCAAGGAUCAACAUUUCAACCAUCCUCGAAUGUAAUGCCUCAAUUUACACUUGAUCGUGAUGGUCAACCCCAGUUUGUUUCAGGUUCGAACUCUUCAACAGUGAAGAAUUCAAAGUGAAGAGUAACGACGAACGACAGUCAAUAUUACUGGAAUAAAUAUUUCCCCGUAGCUGGUGUGUGCAUGUAUAUAUGUGUGCGUUGCCAACCUAUGGUCUUAUCUAACUAUUGUUAGGUUCACUGUUAGGAAAAUCAAAAUUGCUAGACGAUAGAUACUGUGAAAUAGCUUAAUGACCGAAGCUUGGCACGACAGAUAUAUGUAUAUAAAUGAAUGUGUAGACUCCGUCCAGCGCAAUUUUCUGAUUACUUCCUCACUAGUUUAGUAUUUAUAUAACUUAUGUACGUUUUACAAGAAAAGAAGAAACGAACGUACUUAUAGUGUCAUUGUCUUCUAUACAAACAAAUGAGUCACUGCCAUAUCGUGGCAUUAAAGCAAAAAAACUGUUCUAGGUAAAAAGAACAAGCUCAUAAUGUUAAAAAUAUCUGUAAUAAGGAAAAUUCAAUCGAAAUAUCAACAUAUAUAUCAUAAGUUCAUGUUCAAUUAUUAAUUUACAAUAUAUGUUAUAUUUAUUUAAGUUAGGGUUAAAUUUUAUCCGAUUAAUCUGUGAUUUGAUUACGCCCGCGAAUAUACGUGACAGUUAAUUUAUAUUUGAGAUUCUUUACGACUCAUUGGCGAUGGGCGGAUAUAGUCAUAUCAUAGCUAGUUAAAUGGAGACGUUCGCAUCAAAUUUCAAUGUUAUGUAACAACAUAAUCAUUUCGCAUUAUCUGCGAAGACCACAUCGUUUUUCAUCGCCUAAACCGUCCUCAACGAAACAUAUGCAUUGGGGUCUGUGAAAUUUAUUGCGAACGACUCUGAUCGUACAGUAUAUCGUAUACUCGAAAAACAAUAACUUAACUACGAUCAUGUUAUGUCUAUAAACAUUUAAUGUAAAACUAAUAUCAGUAUCACAAUAUUACUAGAUGGUUAUUAAUAUUCCAGUUAGUAAAAGUAUCUGUUUAUUGAUUAUAAAUUUAUUGUAACAUAUUUUAUGUAAGUCAUUGAUAAGAAAAAUAUUCGUAUGUCAACAUUCAUCACAUCUCACAUCAUGUGGAAAUAAAUAUUCAAAUCUGUGUA